AAGGGUGUUUGUGGUGAUAUGUGUACAGAGAAUUUUCCUCCUGCUCACUCUCACACAACAAGCAAUUCUGUGGCGCCUCCAGACGGCUAAGCGGUAAAGUGUUAUGGAAAGAAAACAUCGAAAAAAAGGUCAAAGGUAGGCCGUGAAAUAUUUUCUCUGUGAAAGUGCAACUUCCUGUCUUUCUCGCGAUCUUCCCCCAUUGUGCACAUAGCCAUACAUACUACUCGUUUACUUGUUAAUCAAAACACUCCCGCGAUACUCCAUUUAAAACAAGUGCGGGUGCUUUGAGUGCCAAAGACAAAAUCCUUUCGGGUGUGUCGUGAGAGCGUGGCGUGAGUGACAGAGACGUGAAUACGGCCCGUGAGGGCCGCCUACUAUGCCAGAAAAUUUUUAACUCCAUUUUUUUAGAAUAAAAAUUUUUUUGUUCUAACGUACGAGGCCCCAAUUGGGCCGUAAUAAUGGAGGAAACAAAAGUUAUUUAUCACAUCGACGAUGAGACGACACCAUACCUGGUGAAAAUACCCUUACCCUCGGCCCAGGUGACCCUCAAGGACUUUAAGAUGGUACUCAAUAAGCAAAACAGCAACUUCAAGUACUUCUUCAAGUCCAUGGAUGCAGACUUUGGGGUCGUCAAGGAAGAGAUUGUUGAUGAUGCCACCAUUUUGCCAUGUUUCAAUGGACGUGUCGUCUCUUGGCUCGUCACAGCGGAUGGUUCAAAUAUAUCCGACAAUUGCUCAGAGGUGCCCCAUAGUGAGAUUGAUGGUCGUAGAGAUGGACCAGCUACAUCACAACUGCCAACUAGCAGAAAACUAACUCAUCCAUCGGGACACAUGGGUCACAACCCCCUAACUUAUCAGAGCGCUUCGGUACUCUCAAGUGACCUCGAUAGUACAUCGUUGUUUGAAACUGAGUCUGAGGUUACGCUGGAUCGCGAUAUGACUGAAUGUAGCAGCAUCCAGAGACUACAGGUACGAAAGAAACCACAACGACGAAAGAAGAGACCCCCAUCUAUGAGCCGUACUAGCAGCUACAGCAGCAUAACAGAUUCAACGAUGUCCCUGAAUAUAAUUACAGUUUCCAUAAAUAUGGACACUGUCAACUUCCUUGGCAUCUCAAUUGUAGGGCAGUCAAAUCGUGGUGGUGAUGGGGGCAUUUACGUUGGGAGCAUUAUGAAGGGUGGUGCUGUAGCACUCGAUGGGCGUAUUGAACCCGGAGAUAUGAUUCUUCAGGUCAAUGACGUAAACUUCGAGAACAUGACCAAUGAUGAAGCAGUGCGAGUGUUGCGCGAAGUAGUGCAAAAACCCGGCCCAAUAAAGUUAGUAGUGGCCAAAUGCUGGGAUCCAAAUCCAAAAGGCUACUUCACUAUACCACGCACAGAACCUGUGCGUCCCAUCGAUCCAGGAGCUUGGGUGGCACACACUCAGGCCCUUCGAUCGCAUGAGCCCGUCUUGCCACCUGAUGCUGCCCUAUCUGGCCCUCCCGAUACCCCACGUGAUCACCUCUCAACUAAAUCCCACCUCCGGGAUAUUGUACGUGUAAUGGCACGUCCAGAUAGUGGACUAGAGAUUCGUGAUCGUAUGUGGCUCAAGAUAACAAUCCCCAAUGCUUUUAUUGGUGCCGAUGUGGUACAUUGGAUUAUGGAAAAUGUUGAUGGGGUGGAGGAUAGGCGUGAGGCCAGACGCAUUGUAUCAGCCAUGCUGAGGGCAGGUUACAUCAAGCACACAGUGAAUAAAGCCACCUUCUCUGAGCAGUGCUACUACGUACUUGGCACAGGCAUUGCAGAUAACGCUAGCACCAUCAGCGUGGGAGACACAGAUAGUCUCACAAGUGAUAUUGCACCUCUACCAAAUCCACCCAUGUACAUGCCAUAUUCGGCUGUCUACAAUCCCAGUCACGGGUAUCAGCCUAUUCAGUAUGGGUGUGCCGAUAGACCGAUGUCAUCAGGCUCUAGUAGCUCAGACGUGCUAACUAGUAAAGACAUUUCGGCCUCUCAGAGCGACAUAGCGUCCAUUAUUCACCAAACGAACAAUAUGACCAUCACAAAUGGCUCCAACAAGUCUUCAGGCUCCUCCAAUCGCGGUGCAAUCGAUCACGAACUUCACGGUAUGUUUGUUUAGAUGGGGAACAUAACAAGCAUUAUGUAGAUUUUUGUGCAAAAAAAAAACUAAGUCAGAACAUUAAUAGAUUAGAUUGGGGAGGCCAGACUUGCAAAAACAAAAUGAGUCUUCAUAGCAUUUAAAAUUAAUGAUUUAUGUAUUAGUAAUAUACGAAAGAAUGGACGUAUAGUAAUUUAGUUUUUGUAUUCUCUAUCUUACUUUUAUGAUUUUAUUUUUUAUGAAAAAGAAAAUGUUCAAACUAGAGAAAAAUAUCUUUUAUAUAGGAUCUUCCCUUUAUUUUUUUUCCUAUUACUUUAAUCGUUAAGUUUAGAGUUUUAGGAGAUUUUUUUUUGUAAUAUUUUGUGUAUUCAAUGUUACAUCAUUUAUUGAUAGAAUUUAAAAACACUUCAUUUUGCCAUACAUUAAAAAAAAACAUUUUAUAUAUUUUUUUGUCCAAUCAAAUAUUGAAUGACCAAUGCAUGUAUUUAGUGUCACAUUUUAUCUCUUUAUAUUGAGUUUGCUCAUUAUCACCUCUCCCCCCCUCCCCGAUUUCACUCCAUAAUGGCUUUUUUGUGCGCUUAAAAAUGAAAAAAAAGAGCACCCACUAUGAGAGUUAUUUCUUAUAUUCGGUCCUAGGAUUGUAGAAAAGCGGCGCUGGCGCUAAAAAUAGUGACAUUUGGUGACAAUUGUGUUGGACAUCUCUUGUGCAAUUUCCUAUGACGUGUCCCAUUUGUCCAUGGAAAUCUUCCCAGACAUGCGACAUUGCAUUUAUGAUUAAAAAUAAAUAAAUAAAGUAUCAACGGAGCAAGAUCCUUGGCAACUUUUUUUUAAUUAAAAAAAAAAGAUUAUAUUAUGAAAAUGAUUUUUUAAGAAAAGAAAAUAAAUAAAAAAAAAUACCAGCUAAA